AUGGUUAACCAAAACAAAACUCCUUUCAUCUUCCCAGAGACACAAUCCACUGUCCUUCCUGACCCCUCCAACUUCUUCUCCCCAACCCUUCUCUCAAAACCACUCCCCACAAACUCUUUCUUCCAGAACUUUGUCCUCAAAAAUGGUGACCAACCUGAAUACAUUCAUCCUUACCUUAUCAAAUCCUCUAACUCUUCCCUGUCUCUGUCAUACCCUUUUCGCCAAGUCAGUUCUGCUGUCAUAUACCAAGUCUUCAACGCUGAUCUCACUAUCUCAUCCAAGCAAGGUUCCAAUGGGAAACACCUUAUCUCCUCCUAUAGUGAUCUCGGUGUCACAUUGGAUAUCCCUUCUUCGAAUCUUAGCUUCCUCCUUGUUAGGGGAAGCCCCUUUUUGACUGUUUCUGUGACCCAACCAACCCCUCUUUCCAUCACCACCAUCCACGCCAUUCUCUCGUUUUCUUCAAAUAAGACUAACACCAAGUACAUCUUUCAGUUCAACAAUGGUCAAACAUGGAUCCUUUAUGCUUCCUCCCCCAUCAAGUUGAGCCACACCCUUUCUGAGAUCACUUCUGAUGCAUUUUCUGGCAUGGUCCGGAUAGCCUUGUUGCCUAAUUCUGAUUCAAAACACGAGGCGGUUCUUGACAAAUUUAGUUCUUGUUACCCCGUGUCAGGUGAAGCUAUAUUCAGAGAACCCUUUUGUGUGGAGUAUAAGUGGGAGAAGAAAGGGUCAGGGGAUUUGCUACUCUUGGCUCACCCUCUCCAUGUUCAACUUCUGUCUAAUGGAGACAAUGCCGUCACUGUUCUUGAAGAUUGUAAGUAUGGAAGCAUUGAUGGGGAUCUUGUUGGUGUUGUUGGGAAUUCAUGGGUUUUGCAAACAGAUCCUGUAUUUGUAACAUGGCAAUCAACUAAGGGAGUCAAAGAAGAAUCCCGUGAUGAAAUUGUUUCAGCCCUCUCUAAUGAUGUUGACGGCCUAAACUCAUCAUCAAUAACAGAAACUUCGUCAUAUUUUUUUGGGAAGUUGAUUGCAAGGGCGGCAAGGUUGGCAUUGAUUGCUGAGGAGUUGAGCCAUCCUGAUGUGAUUCCAAAGGUUAUAAAGUUUUUGAAGGAAACCAUUGAGCCGUGGUUGGAGGGAACUUUUAAUGGGAAUGGAUUUCUACAUGAUAAGAAAUGGGGUGGCAUUAUUACCCAACAAGGGUCCAAUGACGUUAAUGGUGAUUUUGGAUUUGGUAUUUACAAUGACCACCAUUACCAUUUGGGGUACUUUCUUUAUGGAAUUGCAGUGCUCACUAAGCUUGAUUCAGCCUGGGGUAGGAAGUACAAGCCUCAAGCCUAUUCCCUUGUGCAAGACUUCAUGAACUUGGACACAAAACUAAACUCCAAUUACACACGCUUGAGGUGUUUUGACUUUUAUGUGCUUCACUCUUGGGCUGGAGGGUUAACUGAGUUCACAGAUGGAAGGAACCAAGAGAGCACAAGUGAGGCUGUGUGUGCAUAUUACUCAGCUGCUUUGAUGGGUAUGGCAUAUGGUGAUGCUCAUCUUGUUUCCCUUGGAUCAACACUAACAGCAUUGGAAAUUCUUGGGACUAAAACGUGGUGGCAUGUGGAAGAGGGAGGGACUUUGUACGAGGAAGAGUUCACUAAAGAGAACAGGAUCAUGGGAGUUUUGUGGUCUAACAAGAGGGACACUGGACUAUGGUUUGCUGCUGCAGAGAGAAAAGAGUGUAGGCUUGGCAUUCAGCUACUACCAUUGGCGCCUAUUUCUGAAGCCAUUUUCUCCAAUGGUGAGUAUGUGAAGCAGCUUGUGGAGUGGACUUUGCCUGCUUUGAAUAGGGAUGGUGUUGGUGAAGGGUGGAAGGGGUUUGUAUAUGCCCUUGAAGGGAUUUAUGACAAUCAAAGUGCAUUGCAAAAGAUAAGAAACCUUAAAGGUUUUGAUGGUGGAAACUCUUUGACUAAUCUCUUGUGGUGGAUUCACAGCAGAGAAGAUGAUGAAUAA